GGCAAUCCGGGAACAGGGACAGUUUCGAAACUUAGAGGAGUUGUACAAAAACUUUGUGAAUACUGAGAAAGCAGUGUUUUAGGUUUCGGCCUCAACCAGGAAUUAGCAGUCACGUGACGAGUCCUAAUGUUUUUUCACUGUCCACGUGAUAUUACGAAUUUAGCGAGGCUUCAUGUGUCACAGAGUAGAUCCUACACUUUCAGUAGGCUGAAACUUUCAGUUAUUUGGGGUACAUGAGGUGAGACUCUUGAAUGAUUAAAUGUCCUCCUGAUGUAUAAUAAAUCGAUCUCAUUGUGCAGCCGGUCUGAGUGAGAUAUUCUGGACAUUAUGCCAACUGAAGAAGUCUGUGAUGGUGUUUCAGCAGAGGAUGAUGCUAAGAAAGGGCCUGAUGUUCCUUUCCUUUUAGAAGAGCGUGUAAAAGAGAAAGUGUCCUGGAAGGACGUGUUGAGAAAGAAGGUGGGAAAAAAGUGUUCCUGCAGUUCUGCUCGAAUUAAAGCCCUUCUCUUAGACUCCGUCCCAAUCGUGAAAUGGCUGCCAAGAUAUCAGUUCAAAGACUGGAUCAUUGGGGAUGCCAUGUCUGGCCUUAUCGUGGGCAUCCUCUUGGUUCCCCAAUCCAUCGCCUAUUCUUUACUGGCAGAACUAGACCCUAUUUAUGGGCUCUAUACAUCCUUUUUUGCCAGCAUUAUCUACGCCCUACUGGGAACUUCCAGGCACAUCUCUGUGGGGAUGUUUGGGGUAUUGUGUCUACUGGUGGGACAGGUUGUGGACAGGGAACUUACUCUGGCAGGAUAUCCAUUGGACACCAAUCAGACCACCUUGGGAAAUUUGAACAACGGCACUGGUCCAGUCUGUGACCGAAGCUGUUAUGCAAUCAUGGUGGCAGCAACACUAACUUUCACAGCAGGGGUCUACCAGGUGUUGAUGGGUCUCCUACAGGUUGGCUUCGUCUCUGUGUAUCUCUCGGACUCUCUGUUGAGCGGUUUCGCAACUGGAGCCUCUCUCACCAUCCUCACAUCCCAGAUAAAGUACUUCCUGGGGCUUCACCUUCCUCGUGUCCAAGGCUGGGGUUCGCUCAUAAAAACCUGGAUCAGUCUUUUCAAGAAUCUGGGUCAUACCAACCUAUGUGACCUCGUAACGAGCGUGCUCUGCUUGCUUGUGCUUGUACCCACCAAAGAGCUCAACGACCGCUUCAAGGCCAAGCUCAAGGCCCCUAUUCCCUUUGAACUCUUUGUGGUCAUUGCUGCUACUCUAGCUUCCCACUUUGGACGGUUCGAGGAAACUUAUGGCUCUAAUGUAGCCGGUAGCAUUCCCACAGGCUUCAUGCCACCGCAGCUUCCCAACUGGUCUCUCAUACCCAAUAUCGCCGUUGACGCAUUCUCAAUCACCAUUGUUGGUUUUGCCAUUACUGUGUCUCUGUCUGAGAUGUUUGCCAAGAAGCAUGGUUAUAUGGUGGACCCUAACCAGGAGAUGUAUGCUAUUGGUUUCUGUAAUAUCAUUCCUUCCUUCUUCUGCUGUUUCACGACCAGCGCAGCUUUGACCAAGACUCUUGUGAAGGAGUCGACGGGAUGCCAGACUCAGAUCUCGGGGUUGAUUACUGCUCUUGUGCUGCUGCUCGUCCUGCUUGUUGUAGCACCUGCCUUCUACUCCUUGCAGAAAUGCGUUCUGGCCGUCAUCAUAGUUGUCAACCUCCGUGGAGCACUGCGAAAGUUUGGGGAGAUUCCACAAAUGUGGCGCGUCAACCGUGUGGAUGCUAUCAUCUGGCUGAUUACUAUGGCUACAUCAGCGCUAGUGAACACUGAGCUAGGUCUACUAGUUGGAGUCCUGGUCUCUGCGUUCUGUGUGUUAGGCCGAACCCAGUCCGCCCAAAUCCGUCAGCUGGGCCAAGCAGGGGACCGCGAGCUCUUUGAGGACCUUGCGUUCUACAAGGGUCUCCAGAGCCUGCCAGGGGUGGCUGUUUUCCGAUACGAGGCUCCCAUCUACUAUGCCAACCAAGCUCUUUUUAAGAAAUCCCUGUACCGCAGUGCAGGUCUGGAUCCGCUUCAAGAGAAGGCCAGGCGCAGGAAACUAGACAAGCAGAGGAAUCAGAAACAAUGUGGAGAAGACCAAAAGCAAGAGGUGGAUGUGAACACUAUUGUGUAUCUGCUACAGCACAACAGUUUGCACUCAUUGGUCAUAGACUGCAGUCCAGUGCUGUUUCUGGACACUGCCGGGGUCAAUGCUUUGAAAGAGGUAAGCAAGGACUACAAGGGGCUAGGAGUCAAUGUGCUUUUGGCACAAUGCAACCCCUCCGUCAUUGAUUCUUUGCGGAGGGGAGGGUAUUAUGACCCAAAGAAAGGGACCACAGAAAUACAGUUUCACACUCUUAGUGAUGCCGUCUCUUAUGCCCAAAGCUUGAAGACACACAAUGGUGAUUGUGACACUGUUGUGUAACACUUUGUGAUGUAUUGAUCUGAAGUUGUCUCUUGUCUGUUUCGGCAAUUUAGAAUUAUAUGAUUGUUUAUAUAACCUCAUGCAAUUCAAAAUUUGUAUAACUUUUUUUAUUUACAAAAAAAUGCGCCGAAAGUGUUUUUGUAUUUUAUUUUUAUUUUUUAUGGGGUCCAAAAUAUUGACUAUUGACUACUGGUUUAGAACCACAUAAGAGUGAGUAAAUGAUAUCACUGUACCUUCUUAAAAUGGAUAAGUAAUCAUCUGUUUAUAUCUGUUAUUGAAAACAGUGUGCUGUGUUGUGUUCUGCAGGACCUUUAAAAUAGAAGUUCAAACUUUGUUAACUGCAACCUUUGUCUAGUCAGGAUGACAAUCUUUUUUUUUUUUUUGGUCUUAAAAUGAUGUAUUUUUACAUCAUUUAUACAUCUAAAAACAUGUUGAGCUUAUUUUAAAUAGCUAAAAUUCCAUAUUCAAGUGCUUAAUUUUUCUACAUGAAUAGAAAUAUUUUGUGCUUGACAAGCUCCAGCUUGUAUAUUUACUCUUUAUCUCCUUCCACUCUAGUCUGUUGCUCAUUCGGUCAGAAUGAUAUCUUAUAUAAUCUCAUUUGGGACAUUUACCCAGCUUUAUGGGUACUUGUGCAUGUUUAAAUGACCAUAAAGCUUGUUGUCUGGGUGAAUGCGAGUUGAACUCUUUCACCCAGUCAUCAGAUGUUUACCUCAGUCGCAGAAGCACCAGAGAGUGUGCCGAUGUGCCUUGUCACUGUGACUGUGCAGCUUUGGAAAAUGUGCAUCAUUUUGAGAGCAAAGAGGGCUCAGGUAGAGCAUUUUAAUGGCAUUGUGUCUGAACCUGUUGAACAGGUCUGAAGGAACAGGAGACAUAGCCGGAUGAUCCGACUGCAUGCCUAACCCAGGCUCAGGGAAAUUACAUAAUCUGUCCUCCCAUUGGUUCAAAUGGAACAGGGUAUGCAUACAGAUGAUAUUUCUAAAAUGCUGGAACUUGUGUCAUGUAUAUAACUGAUAGAAUGCUAGCACAAAUGGAAACAGAAUUUAAAACAUAUGUCUUUUAGGGCAAACUAGGAACUAUUUAUGUAGUUUUUGUCUUAUGUAGUUGUUACACUGUUAAAAAUACAGGCUCCAAAAGUGAGGCCAUAGAAGAACCACAUUUUGGUUCCUUAAGGAACUUCCAGUCCAGAGUCCUUAAAAUAACUUUUUUUUUUCUUAGUGUGAAGAACAUUUUAAAGAGUGUUGUGUGCAACAGAAAGGUUCUAUGGAUGUUAAAGGUUCCUCAUGGAAAGAACUUUUAUUUUUAAGAACAUAUGGUGAUACUUUAUUUGCUGAAACAUUGAUAAUAGUUUUUAGUUCAUGCUUUUGGAUUGCUUCUGUGUGUUUAAGUUUGCAUUAGAAUUACUGCAAUGGAGACUUUACUUAAUUGUCAAAGAUGUAUUUUAUAUUCUUAAAAUUUCUCUCUCUCUCUCUCUCUCUCUCUCUCUAUAUAUAUAUAUAUAGAUAGAUAGAUAGAUAGAUAGAUAGAUAGAUAGAUAGAUAGAUAGAUAGAUAGAUAGAUAGAUAGAUAGAUAGAUAGAUAGAUAGAUUCACGUAUUCCCAUAGCUAUGCAACUAGUUAUGAAUACAGUACAGAAUAUUUAUAAUCACUGAUAUUGGGAGGAAACCUAUAUCAUUCUUUUAAUGUGACAUUUUGUCUUCUACAAAUGUAAUUUGCAUUGUAAUUAAUACAAAAUAAACUAAAUGUUUAUAGAAA